CAGAAAAUGGAUCGCUGGACUGACGCGGAUGAUGAUAUCGCAGUUAGGGCUCGGGGCCCACCCCAAGGCCGUGUGGCUCGUCUGGGCAUGGCUGGAUUCGUAAAGGCUGAAGGCUCGAUGGGAACGGAGAAUGCCCAGACAAUGGGAAAGGUGGAAGUCGUGCAAUCCAAGCGGGAGCAGCGCAAGGCCGAAGCCACUCGCCUCAUGCCGCCACCCCAACUGCCGACCCCGACAGCACCCGCAGCCCCAUCACAAACAGCCCCAUUACUACCACCACCAACAACAACAGCACCACCCAGCGGUCCGCUCAAGCUCCCUGCCCCCGACUGGGCCUCCCAGCCGCCCUCCGGUUCCCGCCUGCUGGUCUACAAGGACGGCAACGUGAUCCAGGAGAUCUCACUGGCCAAGCUCGUCACUGUGUUUGGUCGAGUGGAGCCGCUGUGUGACGUGGUGCUGGACCACCCCUCCGUGUCGCGUCAGCACGCCACCGCCGCCUUCCAUGCGGCCCGGGGCGCCUGGCUGAUCACCGACCUGGGCUCCACACACGGCACCUUUGUGGGCGGCAGGCAGCUGGGCAAGAACGAGCCCAUGGAGCUGCCGCCAGGCGAGGAGCUGCGCUUCGCCGCGUCCACUCGCAGAUACAAGCUGCCACCGGGGCCGUCGGGGCCGAACCAGCAGCAGCAGCAGCAACAGCAACAACAGGGGGCGGGUACGGCGGCCAAGACAGGUGCUGGAGGAGGCGAUGCGGCGGACAUGAGAGAAGCAGCAGAGAUGGGGACAGGGGCAGCAGCAAGGAAUGGCGUCGCGGGGCUGAUGCCGCCGCCACCACCCAAGCGGCCGCGUGUGUGCUUUGCGGACGACAUGCCUGCAGGCGGCAGUACCAGCAGCAGCAACGGUGGCGGUGGUGGUGACAACAGCAGCAACACCUGCAGCAUCAGCCCUGCAGCAGCAGCAGCAGCAGCAGGCGACCCCGCCCCCAAGCCCCCGGCCUCCCGGCCGCCACUAGAGACCGUGAUCGGCUUCUCAGACGGUCGCGACUUCACGGCUCGAGUGGGACCCCGGGCGGCGGCCGGAGGGGCGGCAGAGGGCAGGUUUGCAGGUGCAGUCGCCAGCACCACCAUCGUGGUGGUGUCACCGCGGCAUGGCUCCUCCGGCUCCGCCGGCUGCUCAGGUCAUGCGGCUGCUGGUGCUGGUGCUGCGGCGAGCACUGAUGCUGCUGCGGGUGGUAGUCAUGGCGGUGGUCUGAGGUGUGGAGAAGGCGGCGGCAGUAGGGGUGAGGGUGGUGGUAGUGGUAGUGGUGGUGAGGGGCGGGCGGCGGCGGCAUGCGGCAUGGGCAGCCCUCGGCGUCCGCCACAGCCACCACCGCUGGGGAGUCCCCGAGGCGCGGUGACAGCAGCAACAGCGGCAGGUGGGGAGCAGCAUGGUAGUUCGGGUGCUGGUGGUGGUGGUGUUGCGGGUGGUGGGGUGGCGGGUUGUGGGGUGGCGGUGGCGGUGCGGCCGCGAUUGGUGCGAGAUGUGGUAGAGCGGUUGAGGCAGGAGGCGCCGCCGGGCGGGGGCGGGAGCUUGUACGAGCAGCUGCCGCCGCCGUCUAGCAGGUGAGGGAGUGAGGUAAAGAGAGGUAAGAAGUAUGAGGGAGUUGGCUGUCCGUGAAAGCUGGAGGGUGGAGGGUGGAGGUAAAGCAUGGCGGGGUUGAAGGGCUGACGAAGGGGAUUGCAUUGGUUGUGCGCAUGUGUGGGGAUUUCAUGGAUGUGCUUGCCAGGCGGAUGCAGCUCUAGUAACAGUUGUUUUUUGUACUUGUGUUUGCACUGUGUGAGCUCGUAACAUUGCAAUCAAAUAAAAGGUUGAUGUUGAAGCGGGAGUAAUCUCUGGAGUGAAGGCACCCCAAGGCAGGUAGUGUGACAGCGCGUCCGUUGUGCCUCAGGAUUGCGUGGUGCGUGAAUCUUGCAAGCGGAGGAAGGUGGCAGACAGAAGCCGUUGUCGCUGUACUAGACGCGCCGAGAGGCUGGCGCACGCCAGGCGAGGAGGAGCAACUACCUGUGCUAUGAACACCUGCAUAUUGAUGGGCU